AUGAAAUUCUCACAUUUGACAGCAAAUGACUUCAUUGCUCUUGUAGAACAAUCCCGUUCUGCAAUUAAAGCAAAAGAAUUAUAUAAAUGCAUUGGAGGUGCAACAGUUUCUAUACAAAGUUUCGAAGAAGUUAUUUCAUUUCUUAAAUCAGUCAGAAAAUCCUUUAAACUUAGAAUUCUUGAUGGUGCUAUUGAUUUUUUAUUACAUACACUACAAAAGCAGGUAAAUCCAAACGGCGAUGAAGAAAUGGCUACACUUUUGUCUCAACUCAAACAAAUUACUGAAGAAAACUAUGAAUUAAAGAAAGAAAUCCAAGAAAAAGAAAAGAUUUUUGAUCAAGUUUUUGAAAAAAUUAACCAGAAAGAAAUCCUUCCAAAGAUAUCCAAACUUAAGAGAUCGAAAGAUUUCGAUAGUGUCUACAAUUUUCUUGACGAACUUUCUAUUCAAGGAAAUAAAAAAAUGAUUACAAAAGCUUGUAUUGAAGGUCUUUGGGAGAAGGAAACUCCAUCAAAACAUUGGUUUGAAGAAUCGAUGAAUGUACUACAUGUGGCAUGCGAAAAAGGAAAUCUCAAACUUGUUAAAUCUCUCAUUGAAUGCGGCUGCAAUAAGGAAUCAAGGAGUAGACGAAAUUAUACUCCACUCAAUUUUGCCGCAGAAAAUGGUCAUCUUGAAGUUGUUAAAUAUCUUGUUUCUGCUGGAGCUGAUAAAGAACCAAAACGUUAUGGUAGUUUGCCUCCACUCAUCUCUGCAUCAAAAAAUGGUCAUCUGGGAGUUGUUAAAUAUUUAAUCUCUGCUGGAGCUAAUAUAGAAAUUAAUGAUAGUGAAUUGAGAACUCCACUCAUUUGGGCAUCAAUAAAUGGUCAUCUUGAAGUUGUUAAAUAUCUUAUCUCCAUUGGAGCUAAUAAAGACGUGGCUGAUAACUAUGGAUAUCCAUCACUCGUUUACGCAUCAAUAAAUGGUCAUCUUGAAAUUGUUAAAACUUUGAUUUCUGCUGGCGCAGAUAAAGCAGAAAACUUAGAAACUUCAGAACCUCCAAUUGAAUUUGCAUUAAAAGAAGGCCAUUUUGAAAUUGUUAAAUAUCUUAUCUCUAUUGGAUCCGAUAAAGAAAGGCAGUGUUUCCGUCAUGGUACUCCAAUAGCUUUUGGAGCGGAAAAAGGUGAUCUUGAAUUUGUUAAAUAUAUGAUAUCUAUUGGAGCCAAUAAAGAUGGAAAGGGUUACAAUGGAUAUACUCCACUCAUUUAUGCAUCAUCAUAUGGUCAUCUUGAAAUUGUUAGAUAUCUUAUAUCAAUUGGAGCUGAUAAAGAAGCAAAGAAUAAAAAAGGAUUGACUCCACUCAUUAAAGCAUCAAAAAAGGUCAUCUUGAUAUUGUUAAAUAUCUUAUCUCUGUUGGAGCUGAUAAAGAUGCAAAGAAUAAUGAUGGAUAUACUCCACUCAUUUAUGCAUCAAAAGGAGGUUAUCUUGAAAUUGUUCAGUAUCUCAUCUCUAUUGGAGCUAAUAAAGAUGCAAAAGAUAAAGAUGGAUGGACUCCACUCAUUUGGGCAUCAUCCAAAAAUCAUCUUGAGGUUGUUAAAUAUCUUAUCUUUGUUGGAGCUGAUAAAGAUGCAAAGAAUAAUGAUGGAAAAACUGCUCUUUCAAUCACUGACUCCAGAGAUGUCAGAAAUUAUCUAA